AUGAAAAACUGGAGUAAGAUAUUCAAGAGCGGAGACCCUGAGAGUGUGGAUGGGAACUCCUCUUCGAAGAGGAUCUCCUCGAACAAUGGCCCAGCAGAGCUAACACCUCAGAGAACCUUUGAGGAUAACCUUUCACAUGAUGCAAACUCCACUGCCCACUCAUCCAUCACUCCUCCACAUGUACAAGGAGUGGGUGAUGAUGGGGACGAGGGGACUCUAAAGGGCAGGUUGAGAACCCUCCUCCCCCAAUCAUGGGGCAGUAUUCUCCACAAAUUGGGGAAAGGUGAUGCAGACUCUGAUCUGAGCUCCAAUGGGGUCAAGAUUGUGCCCAAUGGCACCAGGGUGAGUCCACCUGUCAGCCCAAUAAUAGAGAGGAGGUACUGGGACACUCAGGACUCACUGGGGACCUCCAGCAAGAGUUCCCGUAGGCCCUUGUUGAGGGACAGUCCCAUAGACAAUGACCAACUACAUUAUCUUCCAGAGGAAUCAGAGUUGACCAGUAUCCAUCCAGCUGAGUACUAUGCGGAGAAGGUGGAAGUCUACAAACUUAAGUACUCCUAUAUGAAAUCCUGGCCUGGGUUAUUGAGACUCCUGGCUGGGUUUGAACUUCUCUUUGGGGGUAUGGUCCUUGCCUGUGUCUGUGCCUACAUCUAUAAGGACAGUGAGUGGUCGAACGCCAAUGGACUGUAUAACAAUAGUCAUGGCACGUCGGGGUACUCCUAUAAUGGACCCAUGACUCCAUUCGUGAUGGCGGUGGUUGGGGUGACGUGGAUUGUAACCAUUCUCCUACUGGUGAUAGGGCUGACCAUGUACUACCGUACUAUUCUUCUGGACUCCCCCUGGUGGCCGCUCACAGAAGGCAUCAUCAACGUCGCCCUGUUCCUCCUCUACAUGGCGGCUGGUAUCGUGUACCUGAAUGACCUCAAACGUGGGGGGUUGUGUUACAUGACCAUUGGCAUUAACCCCAUAAUGUCCAGCCUGUGUCGGGUUGACGGAGGACAGAUGGCUGGCACGGCUUUCAUCUUCAUCAACAUGCUGAUGUACCUCAUCAGCUUCCUGGUGUGUCUGAAAAUGUGGAGGCAUGAGGCCACCCGCAGGGAGAUGGAGUUCUUUGAGAACCAGGAGCAUCUGAGGUCCAUCUCUGUUGCCCAGACCAAACCUCCUAAUCGCCAGACCAAGAGGAUUGUGUUUGAGGAUGAGAUGGACAGCUCAGUAAGGGCGACCAAACGCCUGCACAUCACAGAUUUCCAUCAGGAGGAGCCAGGCAGCCGGAACAGAGCCAACCACACAGGGUAUGCCCAGAAGCCCAGAGUCAUCGCAGACUAUAUAAUUAAAUAUCCAGAAAUCUUCUCUAUGGAAGAAAGGGAAAAAUACAAAGCUGUUUUUAACGACCAGUAUCAGGAGUACAAGGACCUUCACAAAGACAUCAGUACCACCUUCAUGAAGUUCAGAGAGCUGGAUGCCAUGAUGGGCAAACUCCUCAAAGAUGGCAAUAGUCAUGAGGACCCUGCCUUCCUGGAGAAGAAGGGACGCUGUGACUAUCUGAAAGCUAAAUUAGGCCACAUCAAGAACAGGAUCCGCAAUUUCGACCAGGACAGCUUGGCAAAGGGUCGGACCUGA